UCUAUUCCUAGUAGUUGAUAAUGGCAACAAGCUUUUCACCAAAAAUUCUUACCAAUAUCUUCUUGGUAUUGGUCGUAACCGCGGCCAUGUAUGCAGCCAAAGCUACGGACCAUAAAGAAACCAAGCUAUCCUUUUACCUUCAUGACAUCGCAGCCUUCGGCGACCCCAAAGCCACGACGAUCCCAGUUGCAGGCAUUGCUGGAAAGGCUUGGACAUUCACCCAAUUUGGCACCGUCUAUGUCGUCGACGACAAUAUCACCAAAACCCCAGAUCCAAAGUCACCCAAAGUUGCGCAAUUUCAAGGCCUGUACGUGACAGCCGCAUUGGAUGGGUUGCGUGCAUUUGCUACGGCAUCAAUACUGUUCACAAAUGAAGAGUACAACAGAAGCACCAUACAAAUACAAGGUACUAAUCAGGAUCCUGAUACAGAGGUUGCAGUGGUGGGCGGGACUGGGAAAUUCCGAUUUGCUAGGGGCUAUGCAACUUCUAAGAUAUAUUUCUUGGACACUGCUACCCAACACUCGGUUGUCCAGUUGAAUGUCACGGUGCAAACUAGUUGA